AUGUUCGCGCUUGGUGAGGUUCGAGAACCAACUGAAGGAGACUUCGAUCAUUUCAGAAAAUUUGCCGCCGACAAAGACGGUUGGACGAUUUUCUAUUCUAGGAAAAAGCCGGGACGAGAGGUCAUAACCUCUACUAAAUGCUCCGAUUUAUCUCCUAUUAAGCUUAUCAAGGUUUGAAAUCAGUUUUUUCUGUACGCACACUCAAAGGUCGAAGCGAAGUUGUCCGACGUUCCAGCGGCAUCCAUAUAUGACUGUCUUCAUGACGCCCAGUACCGUAAGACCUGGGAUUAUGCAAUGAAAGAGGGGAUCCGUGUUGCCUAUGUUUCACCAAAUAGUGAGAUCGGAUACUACCACCGUACGCUCCCUGUUAUUUGAUAACACUCCAGUCAAAUGUCCACUUGGUAUUAGAGACAGAGACUUUGUUACGCAGCGCUGCUGGUCGGUAAACGGUAAAAAUCACAUUAUUAUCAAUCACAGUGUUUUUCAUAAAGUACGUUAUUGAUUUUAACUAACUGGUAGAAAGUUCCCCCAAAACAUGGAGUUGUCCGGGCAGCAUCUUAUCUCACUGGAUACUUGAUUGAGGGGACCGACCAGAACUCCUGCAAAUUUACUUACGUUUCGCAGUCGGAUCCCAAGGGUUAGUUGCGUUUUCUCCUGCACCUGUCUUCUGUGAACUGUCGAGUUAAGCCCUGAUUUGUAUUUUAUAAGGUUGCAGUUGACCGUUCGACAAGAAAUAAUCCUGAUUCCAAGCGUAUUUUUAAAUUUUUAGACUAAGUCAAACAGUUUAAGACGUUGACCUGUCUUGAAGCCUAGAUAUUUGUUCCUAUAGAAUCAGUGUGCAUAACCAUAUGAUUAUGAACACUGACAGGAAAAGGGACAUUAGAAACAAUGUUCAAAACUGUAUAUACAGUUACGAACAUUGUGCCUAAUGUCCCUUUUCCUGUCUGAUUAACAGACCUCUCUGAGUUAAAUCAGAAAUACCUAGACUCGCUUUAUUUUUAUCGCAGUUUACUAAUUGCACGAGUAUUGAGCUUCUUAAAAUUUGUUUUUUUCUUUUAUUAAAACGCGAAUACUUGUGGGAUAAUCCAUCGAUUUUUAGCUUUCUUUCACAGACUUCGUUUCGUUUUUUAGCUUACUUAUCCUUAAGUUCGCCCAAAGAAUUUUUAUGAAAUAGUAAUUGUUCGAAUAUACUGCCUUCGGGAACUGGUUGUUUUUAGCAUUGUCUUGUUUAGCCGAAAAAGGUCUAAGUAUUCAGUUACAAGCGGCUUUUACGUCUUGUUUAUACUUCGGCGAAUAUGAUCUAUACGGUCUGUUAUAUUCCCGUUUGUAUAGGAAACAUCCCGACUUUUGCUGUUAAUGUUGCAGCUAAGUUGAUGGCGCCCAAAAUUAUGAAGCGCCUACUUGACGCAGCUCGUAGUUAUAGUAGGUGGAAGGAGUCAAACAAUCCGGACUUCAUGCCGUGGCGAAAUUUUGAACAACUGAAACAAUUUCCACUGGUUGAAAUCGACGACCUCUCAUGCAAUUCGGAUUUUACGGAGGACUACGUUGACCAAGACCCGAUCCUGACUAAAAAAGGGGCGAGCGCAAACAGUCUACUUACGACUGACAUUGCUGGGCAGAUUUCUGCAGAGGAGCGUAUGGUCUGA